AUGGAACACGAUAUUUUGCAACGCCGCUCGGCAGCUACUGUCAAGAAUAUGGGAGUAAAUUCCUAUUUUCAAGUUAUUUCUGCAUUUCGUGCUCAAGGUGAUCUUACAGAAAAUAAAUUAACUAUUUUACCUGUUUUACAAAAUGCAUUCGGUAUUAGUCAUGAACGACAUACAGCGGAAGUAAAGCGUGCACUCUAUGAUGAACAGUUAUCUGACAUAGCUACAAGUAUUAAUCCAUCAUCGACUACAACAAAUUGGGAAAUGGAAGCUAACUAUACAUAUCCAACAGUUGUUCAUCGUCCUCCAAAUACAAAAUAUAUUCAAGUAGCUGAACAAGUUUUACAAACAACAUUACCAAUAACAAUGAUUCAAUAUCCUCAACCUAUCACAACUACAAGAUUAAAUAGUGAUUUACAAAAACUUGUUCAUGAUGAAGUAAACCAGGACGGAAUAAAAAAUGCAACCCACCACCACCAACAACAACAAUCGAAUAAUACACCGAAACCAAAUUUUAAUAAUACAGAUCUUAACGGUUCAAAAGUUGUUCGUUUAGUUCGUGCUAAACAAGCACCAAAACGUAAAUCAAGUUUAGACACAUUAAUUGAAGUUGUACAAAAGGAAUUACUUCGUGUCAAUGAGCAAGCAAAUGCAAUUUCACCAACCAAAUUACAAACCCCAAUUUCAACACUUCAUCGUCCGAUAAUAUCAUCGAUUUUACCAUCAUCACAUUCAAGUUCUUUAACAUCACAAACAGCUCAACCAUUUAAAAUAACACGUAAACGUGGUAUUGAAAACUUCAGUUUUCCCAAAAAGAGUUUCUCAUUACAACAACGUAUCAAAUCGUUUAAUGGCGAUGACAACAAUAAUGAUGCCGAACAAGCAAUCAAUGUUAUACAAGCAGGUUCAGAAAAUAUCGAAGAAAUUGUUCGUGAGACUGUAGACAGACUUGUUGCUAUAACACUUAUGAAUAAUGCACCAUUUGUUGUUAACAUGCUUACAGCUAUUCCAAAUAAUGAUAACAGUACAAAUACAGAAUCAAAAACUUUGACUAGUGCUCUUAUUGGAAAUAAUACAUUGAAAUCUCAAUCACCUUUAACCGUUUCGAAAUCGGAUUAUUAUCGUAAUGAUCUUACAUUACUUUCAUCAACAGCAAGUGAUAUUAGAAAUUCAGCACAGCAAACAUCUCCUAUGAAACAACAAAUUCAUCAUCCCCAAUUAAUUAUUCAGCCAACAACAACAUCAACAAGCUCUAUGCCAACAAUGCAAGGAACAACAACGCCAACACUUUUCGUUGCUCCACGCAUAUUAAAUUUUCAAACAGUAGUACCGAAACCAACAACAAAUAUUCAAAUAGGAAAUACAAAAAUUAUUCUUGUUUCACCAUCGAAUAUAGCACAACAUUUACCACACUCAACAUCUAUUCAAACCCCGUCGAAUAUACAUUCACACCGUCACCACCAACAGCAACAGCAACAGCAACAACAACAAAAUCUUGUUAGUAAUAGUCCUGUUAAAUUAGUUAAAUUUGCUACAGCAACAAAUAAUAAUAGCUCAAUAACAACACGCCCAACAAUAAAUACAACGCAAGCAUCAACAGUAGCAUUACCCAAAAAUGUUCAAAUUGUUAUACCAUCUCAAACACCAUCAACAAUACAAUUAACACGAGCACAUAAUGAUGAUUCAAAUAAAUCUAUUUCAACAGCAACAUUUCGUUCAGUUGCAAAUGCACCAAUGUCGUUAGCAGCGUGUACGGUUGAUUCAAUUCCUCAAGCAUCACAAGAAGUAACAAUAUCAACAUCACCAAUGUCGUCACCACCUCUAACAACUAGCGCAUUGGAUCAUCAGCAACAAUCAUCUCUAGGUACCACAACUAAUGUUGUUUCUUCGAAUUCAAAUAAUCAAUCACAGAAUAAUACAAAUAGUCAACAACAAAGUUUUCCCGUGAAUCCAUUAGAAAAUAAUAAUACUAAUGGUUCAACUGUAGAAAAAUCACGACGACGUUCAUCCAGUAGUGCAUCGAUUGAUAAGCCUGUCGGCAAAGUUUUACGACCGAUUACUAAAGUCCUUCCAGUUUAUUCGCCUAACAAUAGUCAUGAUCAUGGUUAG